AUGUCGACAGAACAAGAAAAGAAGGAGAAGGCAUUGCAGUCAUUCAGAGAUAGAUUGAUAGAGCAUAAGAAUGCUGAGCUUCGUCUACAAAAGACACAUGAUUUGUUGAAGAAGUUAAAGAGAGACUUUGCAAAGACUGAGGAUCAUCUCAAGGCCACCCAAUACAUGGGUGAGAUCAUCGGAGAGGUCUUGAAGGCAUUGGAUGAUGAGAAGUUCAUUGUUAAGGCAUGUAAUGGACCAAGAUAUGUAGUUCGUACAGCAAACUAUCAAGAGAAAGCACCAUUGUUGGUACCAGGAGCACGUGUAACUUUGGAUCUUACUACAUUGACCAUCCUUAAGAUCCUACCUCGUGAGGUAGACCCAAUCAUCUUCAACAUGACCACUGAGAACCCAGGCUCCAUCAGUUACUCAGAGAUAGGAGGACUGAACGACCAGAUCAGAGCGCUGAGAGAGGUGGUCGAGCUGCCACUGCUCGUGCCCGACCUGUUUGUCAGAGUGGGCAUCAAGCCACCCAAGGGUGUGCUGCUGUAUGGCCCACCAGGUACCGGCAAGACGCUGCUCGCGCGUGCCAUUGCCAGCAACCUCGACGCCAACUUCCUCAAGGUCGUGUCGUCCGCCAUUGUAGAUAAGUAUAUUGGAGAGAGUGCCAGAGUGAUCCGUGAGAUGUUUGGCUACGCCAGAGACCACCAGCCAUGCGUCAUCUUCAUGGAUGAGAUCGAUGCCAUCGGUGGCAGACGUUUCUCCGAGGGUACUUCGGCAGAUCGUGAGAUUCAGAGAACACUGAUGGAGUUGCUCAACCAAAUGGACGGUUUCGACGUGUUGCAAAAGGUCAAGAUUAUCAUGGCCACCAACAGACCCGAUGUGCUGGACCCUGCCCUCCUUCGUCCAGGUCGUCUGGAUCGUAAGAUAGAGAUCCCACUUCCAAAUGAGGCCGGUAGAGUUGAGGUUAUCAAGAUUCACGCUUCCGGUAUAACUAAGCAUGGAGAUAUUGACUUUGAGGCAAUCUCCAAGUUGGCAGAUGGAUUCAAUGCUGCUGAUCUGCGUAAUGUGUGUACCGAGGCUGGUAUGUUUGCAAUUAGAGCAGAGAGAGACUACACGAUCGAGGAGGACUUCUUCAAGGCUGUCAGAAAGGUUGCAGAUAACAAGAAACUGGAGUCCAAGUUGGAUUACCAGAAGAUUUAA